AUGUUCAGCACCCACCAGAACUUGGAUCCCGCCUUGGCUAGAAGGUUGGCAGAUAUGGAGGCCAUCAUUCAACGAAUCCCAGGAGUUUCGGCUCCGAUAAAGAAAAGUGCAGAGAGUUGUUACGCCGACUCCCCUUUCGUGGAUAAGAUAGCUUUGGUGGAGAUGCCCAGGAAGUUCAUCUUUCCACACAUGAAGAGGUUUGACGGCGUAUCCGACCUAGACGACCAUAUAGCUCAAUACCGUCAAAGAAUGUUCACCGUUGCUAUUCCUCGUGACAUGAGGGAGUAUGCAAGCAGCAGGAAAUUAGAAAAAAUCUCAGAAGACUUGUACGCUAUUGUCCAAAGGCAUGACGAACCUCUUCGGGACUACAUCGGACGCUUCAACAAAGAGAAAGUAUCAAUCACCAACUGCAGCGAACAAACCGCCGUCACGACCUUCCGUAAGGGCCUUCUGCUAGGAUCAGACUUAUACAAGACCCUUACAAAGUAUCCAUGCAAGACCAUGGAAGACAUGUUGAUCCAGGCUUGGGCUCAAAUUAAAUGGGAGGAGGACCAGUACAACAGGCAGAGAGUCUUCCCGCCAGAGAGACCUGAAAGAGACUACAGGGUAGACAGGAGGUCCGGCCGUGACAGUCGUGACAGACGAACUGAGCCCUACACUCCUCAAAGAGGAAACAAAGGGCGAAGGGAUUACGAUCAAGCGCCAAGUACGCGCCCGCGUGAAAGAGCGAAACUCCCAGAAUACCUUCUGUCCAUUUCACCCGUGGAGGCUGUAACAGCUUUGAUGAACCUUGGCGAUAAAGUCAGAUGGCUGGAGAAAAUGAGAGCUCCUCCCGACCAAAGAGACAGAUCAAAAUGGUGUGAUUUCCAUAGUGACCACGGUCACCACACGGAUGUAUGCAUUGCGCUCAGACUGGAGGUGGCAAACUUAUUGAAAAAAGGGCACCUCACCGAUCAUUUGACCGACAAAGGCAGACAGACCCUGCAACAGGCAAGGAAAAGAACAGAAAAGCACAGGGACGAUGCCCCGCCAAGCCCACCACAUCAUGAGAUAACUGUGAACGUAAUAUUUGGAGGUUCCGAAGUCAGCGGAGUCACUCACUCAGCCGCGAAGAGACACACUAGACAGGCUAGAUCAAGUAAAUCAGGAACUUCAGGCAAAGUGGGACCAACGGAUCCAACUCUAACAAUCAGUUUUGCAGCAUCCGAAUCAGACAAGCUUCUACACCCUCAUCAUGAUGCUUAA